ACACUUUUUUCUCUCCCUAUUGGGUAAGAUUUCAAUAGGUCAUUUAUCAAAUGGGGGAUGCUUUAGAGAAGACAAAAACAAAGAGCAAACAAAUAACUUCCAUGUCUGAGGACACAUCUGUUGAUUGGAGAGGCCGACCGUGCACCUCUGACAAACAUGGUGGAAUGGCUGCCGCUGCCUUUGUUCUUGGGCUUCAAGCAUUUGAGAUGAUGGCUAUAGCAGCAGUUGGGAAUAAUCUCAUUACUUACGUUUUCACUCAGAUGCAUUUUCCUCUCUCUAAAUCUGCUAACGUUGUUACCAACUUUGUUGGAACUGUUUUUCUUCUGUCUCUCCUUGGUGGCUUCCUCUCCGAUUCUUAUCUUGGCAGCUUCCGAACUAUGCUCAUCUUUGGCUUCCUCGAGCUAUCGGGAUUUAGUCUUGUAACAGUGCAAGCCCAUUAUCCAAGGCUGAGGCCACCAGCAUGCGACAUGGGGACAGGGCAACAGUGCAUGGAGGCGAAAGGGUACGAGGCAUUAAUGCUGUUCACAGCGCUGUACUUGGUGGCAUUGGGAAGUGGGUGUUUAAAGCCCAACAUAAUAUCACAUGGGGCUGACCAAUUUCGAAGACAACACCCAACCCAAUUCCAAAAGCUGUCCACUUUCUUCAAUUGUGCUUACUUCGCCUUCUGCACUGGCGAGCUCAUUGCUUUGACACUCCUUGUUUGGGUCCAAACCCACUAUGGCAUGGACGUUGGCUUCACCGUAUCCACCGCUGCCAUGCUUCUUGGCUUGAUCUCCUUGCUCGCUGGCACCUCCUUCUUUCGAAACAGCCCUCCUCGUGGCACCAUCUUCACCCCCAUCGCUCAAGUUUUUGUAGCUGCAUUUGUGAAGAGGAAGCAAAUCUGUCCUUCCAAUUCGGAGAUGCUGCAUCGAAGUCAAAACGCCGUCGUUAAACUUCUCCAUACCGACAAGUUCACAUUCCUUGACAAAGCUUGUAUAAAGAGUGAAGAAGGGAGAGUUGGAAGUGAAGAGAGUCCAUGGAAGCUGUGCACGGUAACACAAGUGGAACAAGUCAAAAUAAUUCUAUCACUUAUUCCUAUAUUUGCAUGCACCAUAAUCUUCAACACCAUCUUAGCACAGCUCCAAACAUUCUCAGUUCAACAAGGAGCUGCCAUGAACACAUGCCUCACCAACUCCUUCAAAAUCCCCCCUGCUUCCCUCCAAUCCAUCCCUUACAUCAUCCUCAUCUUCCUCGUCCCGCUCUACGAAACCGCCUUUGUCCCCCUCGCCCGCCGCAUCACCCAUACCAACUCCGGCAUUUCCCCUCUCCAACGCGUCGGCACAGGCCUCUUCGUUGCCACAUUCUCCAUGGUCUCCGCGGCAUUAGUUGAGAAAAAGCGUCGAAACUCCUCCCUCGUUGGCUCAUCCCUCUCGAUCCUCUGGAUCGCACCGCAAUUCAUCAUUUUCGGCAUCUCCGAGCUCUUCACUGCGGUCGGUCUGGUCGAGUUUUUUUACAAGCAAUCCGUGGAGGGGAUGCAGUCUUUUUUAACAGCCAUGACUUAUUGCUCCUACUCGUUUGGCUUCUACUUGAGCUCUUUAUUGGUGUCGCUUGUUAAUAAGAUCACUGGUGAGGCUUCAGGUGGUGGGUGGCUUAGCCAUAAUGACCUAAACAACGACAGAUUGGACCUGUUCUAUUGGUUGCUGGCGGGUCUCAGCCUUGUCAAUUUCUUCAACUAUCUCUUUUGGGCUAAUAGAUAUUCUCAAGAACAUGAUGCUCAAGACCUUGAAAACCCGACCUCCAAACCUUCCUAACUCGUAGAUGUUUUUAGCGGUUAGAAGUGCUAUCUACUUAUGAUUUAUGAUGAUGCUAUGAUUACGAUA